AUGUCUCAAGAGGUUGAUGAUCUUGCCAGCGACCUGUUGCUAGAAGAGUUUGAUAGUCUCACUGUAACAGGGGAGCAGUCUUUCAACUUUGUUCUUGGAGAAAAUAGUAUUCAAGCAGUCAAAACAAGGAAAAACUACAACAAUCACAAUAUGGCACUCAAGGAUUUUGCUCUUGAAAAUCCAGAUGUAAAUCUGCAAGAUUUACAGGUUGGUUGGUUGAAAGAUUAUUUUCAAUUCCUCCAUCAGAAUAAGAAAGUAACUGGUCAAACAUUAUGGCAAUAUCACUCCAGUCUUGCAAAGCUGUAUGCAUGUAAUUACAAUCUUUCGAUUAAGAAUGUUGCCAAUUAUUCAGUUCUGUCUAGUUUCAUCAAAGAAUUAGAGAAAAACAGUGUAGACAGCACCGCAGGUGCUGAAGAUAUUCCAUUAAGCACAGUAAUUGGUGUUCUCUCUCAAUACCCAGAAGAUGGAUCAAAUAUUAUGAAAAAGGCUUUUUUUGUAUUCACCACAAUAAGCUGUAAGAGAUGUGAUGAUGCUCAUUGUUUACAAUUUCAUCAUUUAACAUUCAAAGAAGAUUCAAUCGAUUUUGAUAUCUCACAAACUGCAACCAAUCCAACUUCCAAAAAAACCAAGACAGAUGCCUGCACUGGUUGUAUUGUCAAAAGCAAUGUUCUAGAAAUAUGUCCCUUUAGAAUUUUUAAGAAAUACACUGAUCAAAUUGAAGACAAGAAAGGUCCUGUAUUUAGGAGAUGGGUUGGUAAAAAGGGUGGUGGUUAUUUCGGAAAACAAGCAGUUGGUAUUAACACCAUGUACAGUUUCUUCCAAGAUAUUUUGAAAAGUGUUAUUGAAGUAUGUCCAGAGGACAUACAAAUUGAAGAAAGAACUGGUGCUAGAGCACCAGAACACCUUCGUUCCAACAAGACAUCCACAAAAAUUGGUCUUGCUCGUUAUACAGGACACACAGGAAGAAAAACAGCUGGUACCAUCAUUUCCACCAUUGCUGCAAUGACUGAUCUUGAAAGAAAGAAAUAUGGUGAUUGGAAGAAUAUGAAAACGGUUGAAACCUACAGCAACAACAAUCCUGAAACCAGAAAAAUUGCUAGCAAGAAGGUUGUUGAUCAUUUAUCAGAUGCUUUUAAAAGAUCCAAUGAUGAAGAAGAAGAAAGUCAAUAUGCUCCUGUAGCAAAAAAGAGCAAGUCUUCCGAAUCAAGCUUCAGUAAUGAUGGAAAGACAUUCGUCUUCAAAAACUGCUCAAAUAUCACAAUAAACUUCUAA